CUCUAAUACAUGACGAACCCCACUGCACUUGAGUUGUGACAGCCGGAUCCUCUGCCGAGCUCUUGUCAACUAAGUGGACAUCACUUCCGAAAUCCGAUAUAUCGGGGAAUGCGGGGAAAGAACCGAGGCAACCCUUAUAUUAUUAUCUCACUGCCACAUUCCCGUUGGAGCAUCGUCGACCCAAAGACGAUGAAUACACUCCGAACAAAUCGCCAGGGAAACAGCAGCACUAAUUUUCACUUACACUCCAAUUGCCAAAAACAGCCACUUCCACAAUGCCGAAUGAAGCUGAGAGCAUCGCGGGAGGCCCCGUCGACGUGGCAUCACUGAUCGAGGACCACAUCCUGCCCAAGUUGGAUCCCGAAUUUCUGUCGUACUAUGCCGAAAGCCAGGCUCGCAUGAGGACGCAAGGGCAGGGUUAUGUCAACAACUACACCAUCGAGUACAUCCGCGCCCACCCGGAGCUGAGCCGGUCGCCCUGCUACCUCGACACGUCGGGCUACCCGAGGGUGACCGACAGCAAGUUCCAGUCGUCGUUCGACAGGGGCGUUGAGAUUCCCGUGCGCAUAUAUCACCCGGAUCCCGAGAAGCAUGGGCCAGGACCGUAUCCUGCGCACCUGAACUUCCACGGCGGCGGCUUCGUUCUUGGGGAUUUGAACACGGAGGGCGCCCUCUGCCUCAGCAUGCGUGAAGCGGGAGUCGUUGUUGUUGAUGUCAACUACCGCCACUGUCCGGAAACAAUAUUUGGUAAAUCCUUCCAGGAUGCGUUUGACGCGCUGAACUGGGCGCGGAGCUCUGCCGCGACACUCAACAUCAACCCCGACUCCGUCUCGAUCGGCGGCGUCUCAGCAGGCGGACACAUCAGCAUCGUGCUACAACAUCUGGCCCGCGACGCCGGCAUCCCGCUGAAGCUGUGCAUGGCGUCCGUCUGCCCAUCCACGGACGGGCUGAGCUACAAGUACUACACCGACUCGCCGUUCCCGUCCUUCCACGAGUUCCACCGCGGCCCCGUCCUGCCCUGGGAGCGUAUCAAGUUCUUCGGGCGGAUGUGCAUGCCGCAGGACAAGACGGCCGAGCUGCGCAAGCUGUGGCCCGACUGGUGGUUUGCGCCGCUGCGCGCACCCGACUUCGCCGGCCUCUGCGACACCUUCAUCCGCACGGCCGAGGCCGACCCGCUGCGCGACGAGGGCGAGGCCUAUGCCAUGAAGCUCGUGGCCGGCGGGAACAAGGUCACGCUGAAGCGCUACCUCGGCUGUCCGCACACCUUCAUGUACAUCGAUGCCAUGCGCAAGAAGCACGAGUAUGACCGGGACGCCAUUGCUGCGCUGAGGGUUGCGCACGGUCUCAAGUAAGGGCUGCAACAUACUAAAACUACCGGAGGCCCGGAUGGACACAGUGUUAGGUCCUGUGUGGUGCACAAAGUGUACUACUAAUAGUGGUAGUAUGUGUUCACUCAGACUAGGUAAAGAAUAAGGUAUAAUGUCAUUUACAAAGUCUUAGAGUGCGCAAUUUGGUCGGCUCUCUUCCCUC